GAGUCCGGCUCCGGGAGGCGGGGCGGGGAGUGGCCCUGCCCAGGCUGCGGGUGCCGGGCGAAGCGCUAAAGCGGGUCAGGCUUCCUUCUUCUCUCCUCGCCUUUCCUCCCCUCCCACCUGGGCCUCUGCGUGGAGACGCGCACCUGGCAACGGGCGGCCGCGCUGCGUCCCCGCCUUCUCCACUGGGCCGGGUGCCCCGAGCCUACCCAGCACCCCGAGGCGGUCGUCGGCGCCGCGCUUCCUGGAGACGGCCUCGAGCGCUUGCUCGUUGAUGCCGUUUUGGGGGUGACCCGGCGCAGCACGGCUGCGGCUCUAUGGUGGGGGGGUGUUAGGGGUCGCGGCUCGGCUGGGCGUCGAGUGCGCGGCUGCGGGGUGGCAAAGCGGCCAGCGAGCAAGACCCCGCGCGCGGCUCGGAUUUCGGGGCUCUGGAGGAGGCCGCCACGGCUGCGCGGGAGCGGGAGAUGUUGGAGCUGAGGCACCGGGGAAGUUGCCCCGGCCCCGGGGGAGCGGUGGCGCCGCCACCCCGCGAGGGAGAGGCGGCUGGUGGGGACCACGAAACCGAGAGCACCAGCGACAAAGAAACAGAUAUUGAUGACAGAUUUGGAGAUUUGGAUUCCAGAGCAGAUUCUGAUAUUCCAGAAAUUCCACCAUCCUUAGAUAGAACCCCUGAGAUCCUGAAGAAAGCUUUGUCUGGUUUAUCUUCAAGGUGGAAAAAUUGGUGGAUUCGUGGAAUUCUUACCCUAACUAUGAUUUCAAUGUUUUUCCUGAUCAUCUAUAUGGGAUCCUUUAUGCUGAUGCUUCUUGUUCUGGGCAUCCAAGUAAAAUGCUUCCAUGAAAUCAUCACUAUAGGUUACAGAGUCUAUCAUUCUUAUGAUCUUCCAUGGUUCAGAACACUGAGUUGGUACUUUCUAUUGUGUGUAAACUACUUUUUCUAUGGAGAGACUGUGGCUGAUUAUUUUGCUACAUUUGUUCAAAGAGAAGAACAGCUUCAGUUCCUCAUUCGCUACCACAGAUUUAUAUCAUUUGCCCUCUAUCUGGCAGGUUUCUGCAUGUUUGUACUGAGCUUGGUGAAGAAACAUUAUCGUCUGCAGUUUUAUAUGUUCGCAUGGACACAUGUCACUUUACUGAUAACCGUUACUCAGUCACAUCUUGUCAUCCAAAAUCUGUUUGAAGGCAUGAUAUGGUUCCUUGUUCCAAUAUCAAGUGUUAUCUGCAAUGACAUUACUGCUUACCUUUUUGGAUUUUUUUUUGGAAGAACUCCUUUAAUUAAGUUGUCUCCUAAAAAGACAUGGGAAGGAUUCAUUGGCGGUUUCUUUUCUACAGUCGUGUUUGGAUUCAUUGCUGCCUAUGUAUUGUCAAAAUACCAGUACUUUGUGUGCCCAGUGGAAUACCGAAGCGACAUCAACUCCUUUGUCACAGAAUGUGAGCCCACAGAACUUUUCCAGCUUCAGAGUUACUCACUUCCUCCCUUCCUACAGGCAGUAUUGAGACAGGAAACAGUGAGUUUAUAUCCUUUCCAGAUACACAGCAUUGCUCUUUCAACAUUUGCAUCUCUAAUUGGCCCAUUUGGAGGCUUCUUUGCCAGUGGGUUCAAAAGAGCUUUCAAAAUUAAGGAUUUUGCAAAUACCAUUCCUGGACACGGUGGGAUAAUGGACAGAUUUGAUUGUCAGUAUUUGAUGGCCACUUUUGUGCAUGUGUACAUCACGAGUUUUAUAAGGGGUCCAAAUCCCAGCAAAGUGCUUCAGCAGUUGUUGGUGCUUCAACCAGAACAGCAGUUAAAUAUAUAUAAAACCCUGAAGACUCAUCUCAUUGAGAAAGGAAUCCUACAGCCCACCUUGAAAGUAUAGCUGGAUCCAGAGAGGGGAGGACUGACAAGAAAGAAUUCUGCAGAAAAGCACUGAGAGAUGAAAUCUUGUAACUGUACAGAAAAAUGGUUGAAAAUGCAAUAGAUUGACAUUUUACAGACAUGAAUGUUGGUUCUCUGAAAUUACUGUGAAUAUUUAACAAACACUUACUUGAUCUAAGUUGUGAAAUAAGUAGCAAAUUGCCAGCAAAAUAUCCUGUACUUUUUCUAAGAUGUAUUUUCUGAUGUUAACUUCCUUCCCCUUACUUGCUGGGUUUCAUAAUUUAAAAGACUUGUAUUUUAAAGAGUCAAACACUAUAAAAUAAGUAAAUCGAGGCGAUCUUAAGAUUGCACCUGGCAGUGGGAUCUUUUGCACAAAUGUUCACUUUUGCACUUGGAGCUACUCUUUGAUUUUAACAGAGUAUUGUUUGUAAGGCACACCAGGGAGUCCGCUCUGCUUCUCAGUCUGAAGUAUUUUCUGAAGGGCUGAGUUUGAU